GUAUCAGAUGUGCAUUGCUAGGGCAAAAACAAAUAAAAAAAAAAGGGAAACCGUGAAUCAGAACCCUGACAUGUCUGGUCCUACCUGGCCGCCUCCGAAGACUCCGGGUAGCCCGGAGAGACCCGUCCCCCAGAUGUCCGACUCUGGACCAGCCGUGUACAGACAGCCGCCCAAGAAGGUCUCCUCGGACACCCGGCCCAAGUAUGUGGUCCAUGACCAGAACAGAGGAGGAGGCGGAAUGGCCACUAGGUACUUGGCUAAAAGAUCCACAGCCGGGCCCAUGCAGCACCACCACCAAAAGGACCCAGGGUUUCACCCUAAAUCUAUUGACCACUACUACCAACCACCUCCCCACCAGCUCAAAGAAGACCAAUCCUUGAACCCUCACAUGGACCGCUACCAGCUGAUGCACCAGGGACGUCCUGAGAAGCUGAUUGGACACCAUUCCAUCAUCGAUGACGAGAUUGACUCGCUCACCUGCAUGCUGGAUGAUCUGGACAGCUAUUCACAAAACAGCACACAGCUGUACGACAAUGUGCCUUACAACAAACACAUCACAGGGGACCGCUACAAACCCUCAGCCCAGCCAGGAGCACCCUCUCAGGGCAGGUUGUUCAUGGGUCUCCCACCUCACCCCCAACACCAGUAUCGUCCUACACCCCCAUUCCCCAGAGAUCCCCUGUACUUCACCCAGCCAGACUACGCCGAUGCCCAGGACUCCAAACCUUACCCCCAGCCUGUCACUUCCUCCUACACUACAGCCUCCACCACUACUCGCCCGAGGAUUAGCGUCCAGGACAAAACAGCCCAUCAGACUGUCCCUCAUGGCUGGUACCCUUCCAACCCUGCUUCCCAAGCCCAGGAGCUGCACUCUGAGAGGGGUUACAAAGGGAGUGCCGCAGGGUCUGGAGGGAGAGUCACCAAGUGCCCCAUGUCCAAUAGAGGCACAGAGACUAAAAAAUCAGGGUCAUGCUCGGUACCAAGCUCCGCCUGUCAGCCCAGUAAGCAGGGGACAGCAGCUUUGAGACCAGAUGAGGAGUUGGACCAGCUCACUAAGAAGUUGGUGUAUGACAUGAAUCAUCCCCCUACAGAAGAAUACUUUGGUCGCUGUGCACGUUGCGGUGACGACGUCCUUGGCGACGUUAGCGGCUGUAUCGCCAUGGAGCAGGUGUUCCACGUGGAGUGUUUCACUUGCGUCACCUGCCACGCCUGUCUCAGGUGGAAACCGUUCUAUGCCCUGGUCAAGCAGAGCUACUGCGAGAGCUGUUACAUUACUACCCUAGAGCGCUGCUCCAAGUGCUCCAAACCCAUCCGGGACCAUAUCCUGCAGUUCAUGGGCAAGGCCUACCACCCGUGCUGCUUCAACUGCGUGGUCUGUGGCUGCUGCCUGGACGGUGUGCCCUUCACCCUGGACGCCACCUCUCAGAUCCACUGCCUAGACGACUUCCACAGGAAGUUUGCCCCUUGCUGCUCAGUGUGUGGCCAGGCCAUCAUGCCUGAGCCGGGCCAGGAUGCGGCGGUCCGUAUAGUGGCACUGGACCGCAGCUUCCACGUCAACUGCUAUGUGUGUGAGGAGUGUGGUCUGCGCCUGUCGUCUGAGGUUAAGGGGCGAGGCUGUUACCCCUUCGACGGUCACAUCCUGUGUAAGGGCUGCAGCGCCCAGCGCAUCCAGGACCUCUCUGCCAAUAUCUCCACUGACUGCUAACCAACUAUAGGAAGUCACCUCGUACCUUUAACCUAUGACCCCUCAACCCUCCCAUUACUUUCACCUGCUCUGGGGUAGAUGUUAGAGAUCUGGAAUCAGUCCUACUCCUCUGAUACAUAACCUUAACCACAAGGGGGAAAUGUUAACCUGACUGUGUCUAAGGGCAUCUUCACCCCCCUUCACGUUCAUCCUCUCAGCCUUUCUUUAUGCUUCAGAUGCCCAAAGCUGAGGAAUCAGUAGUAGUUGGCCUACUAUUGAACCUCAAUCUGACAGUCUCCAAUAUGAAGUCAUUAUUUAAUUUCCCUUGACCAGGUUUAUUGGUACAGGAUUACAGGUUAUUGAAACAUGGAUUGACAAUAAGUUUGACCCCUAUGCCUUAUCCUCUGCAUCAUACGAUCACAUUCUCUCUUCCUACUCCCGUCCCACUACACCGUAUUCCCUACCCCUCAGUCCCAUACAAGUACUGGAUAGAGCCCCUAAUCUGCACCCCCACCCCCCACCCCAUCCCAAACCCUUGACGGCACCACUGCUCAACUCACACACUAUCCUUCAUGUUGCACACUGUCUCACGCACACUAUCCUUCAUGUUGCACACUCUCACAUACACACUAUCAUGCUAGACACAGGUGGGACAUAGAAGGAGCUCUAUGGAAAAUAAUGAUUAAUUGAUAUUGACAAUGUGGAGGAUCAUAAGUAGGAAAAUGAGGUGAUAUUGAGGAAGAGGAUAAUGGCGAGGAAUACAAUAUCUUCCUGGCUGUGGGGUAACUGACCAUUCCAGUUAAUGGAACAUUAUAUUUUGUAUACCACUAAAGUCAAUAACAGUGCUGACCUGCCUCAAAGUGCACAUAUGCAAGGUGUUUCUGACUGAGUUUAUAUUGCAGGUGGUUUUGGUUGUGGUGUGAAUGUGUUUGGAGACCUUUCAUUGGAGAGCAAGUGGGUGUAGUCAGUGUGUUGUGCAGUGAAUAAGAGUUUUUAGAAAGUAGAUGGAAAAAGAGAUCACUAAAGUUGAUGCUUUAUUGGAUGUUAAUACAAUAUGUAGGCCAUCAUAUAAUGAUAUCUUGCACUGUAUGUCAGAACUUAACAUGAAUAUUUUAUUCCACUGGACAGCAAUUUGUGUACUGCAUUUUAGAUAAUGUUACUUGUAUACCAGUUCAAACCCCCUCUUUUAAAAUGUUCAUGUGGUUUUCAGAUGUUUUUCCUUUUUAACAUUUUGGUUGAUUUGAUACGUUACAAUGAAGAUGAAUAAGGUGCAAUGAAAUGUUUGCCCUUAAAUCACUGAGAAACUGCGAUCUCCAUGCUGGCCACGUGGGCUGAGAACAUCCUAAUAUGGGUUUUUGUGUAAGCUUAGCCUUAGGAGUUAGAUUUGUUAGCAAUGUUUAAGUAACUCUGACGGAGUUAUUCCCAAAUUGUAAUUUGGCCAUUUAGUUUGUCUUGCUGUCCUCAUUUUGUCUUGUAAUUUAAAAACUGCUAGUAUGGUUUGAUAGGUUUGAAGCUUCUCUUCCAACUACAAGACCCUUAGAAUAUCAAUUUAUAUUGUUUUCUUUGUCCAGAAAUGUUUUUUUUCAGUAUUUGAUUCUAAGAGUAUAGGUCAAUGAGCACAAUGAUAUGAAGGUUCUUGUUUUGAGCCCUAUAAGUUGCAUUUUUCACUUAUUUAUUUCAACUCCUGUUGUGCUGCUAUUGUCACAAAGUUGAUGUUUAUCUGUGAUUAUGAGGGUAAGGGUCAUCACUGUUUUUUCACUGUGUAAUUUUGUUCCACAGCAUCCUAUGAUUAUUCUGCAGUGCUUAUCAAUAUUUAUCCAUGAGAGGAAUAGACUGAGCAGGUGGUUUGUACAAUUUGACUCAAGUUAGAAGUAGGCGUGUGAAUGAUUAGCUUAUUUUUCCCCUCUAAUGCCGAUUGAUCAGUAGUAUGCUACGAAGACAAUAAACCAUCCUUUUUUUCCGGCAAACUA